AUGUCCUCGUCGUCCUCGACGUCCCUGGAGCCUACAACGCGUUCAAGGACCUCUUUUUUCCUCUCAUGCCGCGACUCAACGACACGCACAACACGUUUUUCUCGACGCCGCUCUCUCUACACAGAUGACCCAGCAGAACCAGCCAACGACGACGAGCAUGAGCGCCUCAUCGGAUCGUCCAGCCACGUAGCCCUAGAUGUCCAGUUGCCUCCAAAGUGGGUCGACCUUGCGGAUCAGGUAGAGGAGAUUUUGCUGGAUGCCCAGUCCAAGAUCGCUGCGCUCGACAAACUGCAUUCCAAGCAUAUUUUGCCCGGUUUCUCGGACCGAAGCCAGGAGGAGCAGGAAAUUGAAGCAUUGACGACCGACAUCACAAAGGAUUUCAGACGAUGUCAUUUUCUCAUCCAAAAAAUCGGUUCAUUCCAGCCACACAACUUUCCUCCUGAUCCCCAAUCUUCGAAGAAUGUCCUUCUGGCGGCCAAGAAUGUCCAGCGCGGUCUCGCAGCCAAACUCCAGGAUAUGAGCGCUACAUUUAGAAAAAAGCAGCGUGUCUACAUGGAAAAACUCCAAGGUCAGGCGACCAAGAACCAAGAUCUUUUGGUCGCUUCAGGAGCCAUAACCUUGAAAGGUUCCGAAGGCAUGAGUGCCGUCGAUGACGACGUUCGAGCAGCGGUGGGUCUCCUCCUUUGUUAUUGUGAAUACUCCGUCUCAUCCUUACGUUCUUUCCCUUUGAAUGUCCAACAACAUUCCCGUUGUAUGAAACUCGGUAUUUUUGCGCCACGCCACUCCCUCCCUUUCAUCCUCUUAUCCGGACCUAUCUUUUUCCUUUCUGCCUUUUGGUCUCCAAAAAAAACCGCCUCGUUCACCCCUGUUCUUUCGUCGGAUGUUUCAAAGACACACACCCGUGCUCAAUCGAUGUCCUUGAUGCACGCCGACCCCUCAGCUGAGCUGCGGGCACGCGACCGAGAACUGACAGAAAUCGCAAAGUCCAUUGCAACGCUGGCGGAGCUAUUCAAGGACUUGUCCGUUCUUGUGAUUGACCAAGGAACCCUUCUCGAUAGUGUGGAAUAUAACAUUGAACAAACCGCCGUUCAGCUGGAACGUGCAGGUGAAGAUCUCAAGGUUGCUACAGAGUAA